CAAAUAGCCAGUAUGCUUCUUCUGUAUUAGAUAUUACUUUUAAGACACAUUUGUAAGCCAGAACACCAGAAAUCACCUCAACCACCCUCGACAAAGGACGACCAAUCAAAACGCGCCAAACUGUUGCCAAUCCAAAAUGGCCUCCAAGCAGAUGCUGCCAUCCUUCGGGGAGGAAAAUCCAAUAAGCAAAAUCCAGAACAGGACCGAGCUGACUUCGCAGCCCGUGAGGACAAUCAGAAUUUAUUGCAACUCAGUCUUCCAAGCAGAACAGACCCAAGGUCUGGCUUCCAAUUGCAGUAGUUAUCCCAUUCAAUCCAAUCCGACAGACAGACAUGCAGCAUCCGCAUCCCAGUGACCAGCCCACCUACAUGCCGGAGGUUCCGUUCCAGCCGCUUUGGGGCCAGGAGGCUCCUCCGCCCCCCAUAGUGCCCUACCAGGAGCUCAUCGCCGGCUUUCCCUGCACCGACUUGUCUCUGUGGCAGCGAUCGCAGGUCACACCCUUGGUGGCCCAGCGUCCGUCGACCAAUGGCAGGGCCAAUGGGUCCACCAGCUCCUCGAAGAAGACCCGUCGCCGGGUGGCCAGCAUGGCCCAAAGGAGAGCUGCCAAUAUCCGCGAACGCCGACGGAUGUUCAACCUCAACGAGGCCUUCGACAAGUUGCGCCGCAAGGUGCCCACCUUCGCCUACGAAAAACGUCUCUCCCGCAUCGAAACCCUCCGUCUGGCCAUCACCUACAUAGGAUUCAUGGCGGAGCUGCUCAGUGGCACUCCAUCGAACUCCCACAAGUCCCGGUCGGAGGUCUAUGGCUCCAUGAAUGGACACCACCAGGCGCCACCUCCGGCAAUCCAUCCGCACCAUUUGCACCCCGCGGCGGCCUAUCAACGCGACUUUGCCUCGCCCUAUAACCACAGCUUAACCUAGAGAUGUUAUUAAAAAAUAUCUCAUUAGACUAGAAUAAUCAACUAGUCGAUAAUUAUAAAAUUAGUGUAUAAUACAGAAGAAUUAGCUACAGGAAUUUCUGUAAUUCAUUGUUGUGUGCUUUCUGAUCCGUUUGGCCCACUUACUUAUAGAUAGAAAUAAUAAAUAAUGUUUGUUUAAAAAACAAUAAAUAUCCUCUUAAGA